GGAGGAGGGAAGGAAGGAAGAGCAGCAGGAGGAGGAGGUGAUAUGUUGCAGGCUGCCAGAUGCUGGCUUGCAUUGUUGAUCUGCUGCUGAAAUACUUGGCUGCAUUCUCGUGGGUUCUGUUGUCAUGCAGACAGUCAUCAUGAUGUGGCAGACAAAGGUCCAGGUCCAUCUAUUCUUCUAGCAAAUGGAGCUCCACCUAUUGAGACAGGAGCAUCCUCCCAAGACAUCUCCCUAAUUUAGAAACCUCUGCAACAGCUAGCAGGAGGGAGAGAGAUCUUGAGAAAGAAUACAGUUUUUGGAGAUGAGGCAUUAACAAAGGAAACCUUCUGGAUCCUAUCCUGAUCAGAUUGUUCCUAGCUGCUAUCAUGGACAACAAGGAAGAGAAGAAGGAGCGAAGACAGGGCUACUUUGCAAGGCUAAAAAAGAAGCGCUUGUCUAAGCAGAACUCAGAGCUGACACCGGCUAACUCACAUGUCACCACGGCGUCCACCCCAAAGGAUGAUUCGUUGAAAGUAAUUCUAGGGCAGAUUUCUGAGAAAAUUCCAGAUGAAGAAAAGAAAAAGAAAAGAAUACAGGGGAAGCAGCUCAGAAGAAGUGAGGUCAAAAGAUACAGUGCUGGUGAAAAUUACAAUAACAAAAAUGAGAAGAGAGAUAAAAAAAUGGUUGUGAAAAGACCCUUGGGGACAGUACAAUAUACUGCAACUGCCACAGACACCUUGAACUGUAUAGCCUUGAAGUUCAACAUUACUCCAAAUAAACUUGUGGAACUUAAUAGAUUGUUUACUCAUACUAUCGUGCCAGGACAGAUUCUAUAUGUUCCAGAUGGAAAUCUUCAGUCUGCCGAGGUCAACCCCAAAGCAAAACUUGGUGGCUUUGCCUCUCCAGUUUCCUCAGAUGCAGAGUAUGACAAGCUUCCAGAUGCAGACUUGGCAAGAAAGGCCACAAAACCAAUCGAAAGGGUUUUGUCUUCAACAUCUGAAGAAGAAGAACCCAUUUUGGUUAAGUUCCUAAAAAUGAAUUGUAGAUACAUCACUGAUGGCAAGGGUGUUGUGGGUGGAGUCAUGAUAGUCACUCCAAAUAAUGUGAUGUUUGAUCCUCACAAAUCUGAUCCACUUGUCAUUGAGAAUGGCUGUGAAGAAUAUGGUUUAAUUUGCCCUAUGGAAGAAGUGGUCUCCAUUGCACUCUACAGCGACAUCUCUCAUAUGAAGAUUAAAGAUGCUCUUCCAUCUGAUAUACCCAAGGAUCUUUGUCCUCUGUACAGGCCUGGGGAAUGGGAGGACCUGUCAUCUGAAAAAGACAUCAAUCCAUUCAGCAAAUUCAAAUCUCUCAAUAAGGAAAAGAAGCAAUAUGGAAUUAUUGAAGCUGAUAUUGUAAAAAAGAGAACUACACCAUGCACUGCUGAAAAUCACUACGUGGUAAAUGAAUCCAAACAUCCUAAAAAUAAGAUACCUGUUGACUUGUCUACAGUACAUUUAAAUCCCGUUAAUCAAUUUACACUACAACCUGAACAGGCUUCUGAAAUUACUAGUAGCUCUAAAACUGAGAAGGCUGAGUCUUGUGCUGAAGAUGACUUUCUUGAGUUAGUAGACCCAUUAGAAGAACAGAAGGUAAUGAUAUUGAAUAAUGAAGAAUACAACACAUCCACCCCUACUGUUCAUGGAUCUUCUGAUAGUGUAAUUGUUGAAGUAAUUGGCCCCAAAGAACUGGCGUCUGUUUCCACUGGCACAUUAAAUGAAGAUAAAGUUAUAAGGGAAAUAAACUCAUGUUUUAAAAUUCAUCAAGUCUCCAGUGAAACCAAAAAUAUAGAAGUUUGCCUCCCGCACACAGAAGAAAACAGACCGGAGUCUAAAGAACUUUUAAUGUCUGUUCCUGGAAUAAAAGAAGCAGAGAUCAAAAGCAGACCCCUUAGUUCGGAACAUGGAGAGAUUAACGUGUACAGUAAACUAAAGGAAAAAACUGAUAAGGAUAAUGCUAAUGUUGAGGAGUCACCAGAUUCCUUGUCUCCUUGUUCUCCUGAAGAAUCCAGCCCUAAAGACGCACAAAUAGAUAGUGAAUCUGAACUAAAACUCUGGUUGCUUAAAAGAAUGCAAGGGCCAAUAGAAGAUAUGCUGCCAUCCAAAGAGGAAAAGAGCAAGAUACCUCCAAUGUUUUUAUGCAUCAGGGUUGGCAAGCCAAUGAGAAAGUCCUUUGCCACACAAAGUGCAGCAAUGGUGCAACAAUAUGCUCGUAAAAGAAAGCAGCCUGAAUAUUGGUUUGCUGUCCCCCAGGAAAGGGUGGAUCACUUAUACACAUUUUUUGUUCAAUGGUCACCAGAAGUAUAUGGGAAAGAUGCUAAAGACCAGGGUUUUGUGGUGGUGGAAAAGGAUGAGUUGCAUAUGAUUGACAAUUUCUUCAGUGAGCCCUCUACCAAAAGCUGGGAGAUCAUAACCGUAGAAGAGGCGAAGCGUCGGAAGAGCACUUGCAGUUACGAGGAAGAUGAGGAGGAAGACACAGAGGACUUUUUACCUGAUUUAAAACACAAGAGCUUGCUGCUGAAUGAUAUGCAUGUUGAAAAGUUGGCUCAUCGCUUACCUGCAAGAGUACAGGGUUAUCCUUGGCAUCUGGAGUACAGUACACACAAACAUGGAACUAGCCUGAAGACUCUUUACAGGAAUCUCUCCUGUCUGGACAGCCCCGUUCUUCUAGUUGUUAAAGAUAUGGACAACCAGGUAUUUGGAGCUUAUGCUACUCACCCUUUCAGGCUCAGUGAUCACUAUUACGGCACUGGAGAAACGUUCUUGUUCACAUUUAACCCUGAUUUCAAGAUCUUCAAGUGGAGUGGGGAAAAUUCUUACUUUAUCAAUGGAGACAUAAGCUCAUUGGAGAUAGGAGGAGGAGGGGGUCGGUUUGGCUUGUGGCUCGACUCUGAUUUGUAUCAUGGACGCAGUAACUCGUGUAGCACUUUCAAGAAUGAAACUUUGUCCAAAAAGGAAGACUUUAUUGUGCAAGAUGUGGAAGUGUGGGCAUUUGUAUAAAGUUAAGCCAGUCACACUGUUGCCUGCAGUACGAAUGAUCGACCCUGCCAAACACAAAUAUGGUCUGUGCUUUUUCAAGUCAGCGCAACUCUGAAGACGCAAAAAAACAUUUCCUGGGAUUGUUGUCCUUCAACAAUUCUGCAAUGUGGUUACAAAAAAAGUUUCAAGUUCUGCACAAGCUGAAUUAAGCCUGCCAUGUGGCUAGAAUAUAUGGCUAGUUACAAAUGCUCCACAUAUAAAUAUUAAUUAAUUUGGGGUCCAGCUACCAAGAUGUUGGGACAUUACACUGAUUAAGCACGAUAUGUACAUCUAUAUAAUGGUCAACCGAUGUUUGAGACUAAGCUGAAUUCAAUCAGCACAGAGACUGGGUAUCUAAUCAUAGUCAAGUUAGUAAUUUUAUCUUCAGAAAGGGAGAGGAAAAAAUAACACUUGAAGUGAAGAAAGCUGCCUUUUUUCUUUUCUUUUUAAUUUAUUGAAAGUUAAUUGCCAUUUUCUACUCACAUUUUAAAAUAUUUUUAAGGUUUUAAUUGUUUUGUAUUUUAGCAUACACAUACCAAAUACAUUUUACCAAUCCAUUUCCCUAUACAAUGCCAUAAGUUACAUGCUACUGGUUUAAGUCCAAUAUUUUAACAUCAACCAUUCCGAAACCAUUUCCUUUGCCUUGUCCUAUCUAUUCAUCCAAGUAACGCUAUAUACAGUACAAGCAAUCAGUAAGACAUUGUCUAACUGGCUUGCAAAUUGGUAUUAGACCUUUACAUCAGAUAAAGUAAAACCCUAUUUUGAAUAGUUGGAAUACAAUGUGUACUUUUUUUUUUCUUUUUUUACAAUUGGCUGCAAGAAUGUUGAUAGAGGAGAGUUUGCUAGUUAUCAAUACUUAACCUAGUCAUUGAAGUUUGGUGUUCCAGAAUUUGUGUGUUUUAUGGCGAAGCGCAGGUCGUUUCUGCAAGUGGCUUAAUUCACCUCCACCCCCAUUAUUUUUUCGGACAGGGUUUUAAGUGAUUAAACCAUGUGAUCUGUAUACUAGAUUGGAGAAGAUGGAGUACUUUUACAGUAAUGCC